CGUUUCGUGUCUUUUCCCUUGUCGUGAAUCUUCAUAGCUCCAUUCCCCUGUCGUGAAUCUUCAUACCUCCAUGAGGCCUCACGCGAUCGGUUUGUACGUUCAGUUCCUAUGGGAUUUCGUCAAGAAGGCCUUGUUUUGGCCGGACAGCGGUCCAAAGAUGGCGAAAGGCAAGGUGGCGCGGGUGCAAGCGCGAAGGGCGUCCAAGCGCUCGCUCGCUCUGGCUUUGCUGCUGUCAUUCACGGUGGUCCUUCUGUUCUUGCUCGCUUUCGGGAUCGUGUCCAUUCCCGUGAGAAGAGAGAUUUCGCCUCGUGAUGGGCCAAGUACCGUCGAGAGGGCUGCAUUUGGAGGGUUGGGAGAGAGAGGGAAGCAGUGGACUCAGGUUCUCUCGUGGGAGCCCCGAGCUUUUCUUUACCACAAUUUCCUGUCCAGGGAAGAGUGUGAGUACCUGAUAAGUCUUGCUAAGCCUCACAUCAGCAAGUCGACCGUGGUCGAUGGCUCUAACGGGAAGAGCAUGGACAGCGGGGUGCGCACAAGCUUCGGAAUGUUUCUCAAUCGAGGGCAAGACAAAAUCGUGAGGGCAAUAGAGAAAAGAAUAGCAGAUUUCACUCACAUUCCCGUAGAGCACGGAGAAGGACUUCAAAUUUUGCAAUAUGGACACGGGCAAAAAUACGAUGCGCAUCAUGACUACUUUUCCGACUCUUUCAACACUAGGAAUGGAGGCCAAAGAAUGGCAACAAUGCUUAUGUAUCUGAGUGACGUCGAGGAAGGGGGAGAGACUGUGUUUCCAGCUGCCAAGGCAAACUUCAGCGCCGUGCCUUGGUGGAACGAGUUAUCAGAAUGUGGCAAACGGGGAUUGUCCGUAAAACCGAAAAUGGGGAAUGCAGUACUUUUCUGGAGCAUGAAGCCUGACGGGACGCUUGACCCAACAAGUUUGCAUGGUGCCUGCCCCGUGAUCAAAGGGACAAAGUGGUCAGCUCCCAAGUGGAUGCGCGUCCAGAACUAUAGGGUCUAAGCCAUCGUUUAGUACAGACUCAACUCAAGGCAUCUCCUAUACAUCUAUAAUUACAACUCCUGUACAUCUCUAUCUGGCAAAUUGUUUUGACAAUCAGAGUGUAAAUUGCCCAUAUCAGUUACAUAACAGGCUAAAUUGAUUCCCCAGUGUACACUAGGAAAGAAACGUUCCUGCAUUGAUGUUUCAUCCCAUGAUCUUUAUAGAAGCUUGUUCUUACAGUUCAUUCAGCGCCACU